AUGCGGAACUUGAGGUUGCUGAAGAGCCUUCGUUACUCGGAGCUGCAGGGCCUGGGCAUGCCACAAUGUUUCUCUGUUCGGACGGACACAGGUACCGUGCUCAUCGCUUCAGAAUACUCCGUCACCAAGAUGGACCAAUGAACUGACCAGGUACUUUACACAUAGCAGUGGUCUUCAAUCAUGGUCCUGGAGACCCACCGGGUACAGGUUUUUGUUCCAGCCCAUCACUAACACACUGUAUUCAACCAUUCCUCUCCCCAUCAUGUUCAGGUCGUGAAUGUGGUGUCGUUGACAGCUGAGAGCUACCUUCCAGAGGAUGGCAGUGGGACAGUUGUUGGUAUCCAGGACUUACCAGACCAGGAGUCUGUGUGUGUUGGUACAGCCACUGGUGAUGUCAUCCUCUACAACCUCAACACUAACCAGGUAUCAACAUUAUAGUAGUAGCAGUGGUCAGGGAUGAGUUGAUGAGGGAAGUGAGGAAUGGGAGAUGGUCUCCAGAGAUGGCCUAGUGAAGGUAGGAGGGAAUGGGUCGAGCGGGCAGGUUGUUGGGCGGUUGGACCUCGCUAGUCUCAGGAUUUCAUCUGGAGAGAGAGGGGAAAAAGAGGUCAAGGCGUAGGGUAGUCAUGUGUGAGCGGGACCAGUGGAGUCAAUAGGCUGAGUGAACCUGUCGUCAACCUUUUUUAAAAAGUGGUUGACAAUGUCGUCCGCAGAGAGAGAGGAGGGAGGGUGAGGGGCUGGAGGAUUAAGGAGGGAGGAGAAGGUGGAAAAUAGUUUCCUAGGGUUAGAGCCAAAGGUUUGACAUUUAGAAUUAUAGAAAGUGGCUUUAGCAGUGGAAGAGAAGGUAGAGAGGAGGGAGUGGAAGGAUGAUAGGUCCUCUGGAAGUUUAGUUUUUCUCUAUUUUCUGCCCUGUUCUCGCAAUGAGUCACUGAGCCAUGGAGCAGGAGGGGAAGGCCAAGCCGGCCGGGGGGAAAGGGGACAGUGCGAGUCAUAGGAUGCGGAAAGGGAGGAGACUAGGAUCGAAGAGGCAGAAUCAGGAGACAGGUGGGAGAAGGAGUUAGCAGAAGAGAGAGAUGAUAGAAGAGGAGAGAGCAGUGGGAGAGAGAGAGAGAUGACCAUCUGGGUAGGGGGGUUGCAGUGAGAUUAGAAGGCGAACAGCCUCUAGUAAAGAUGAGGUCAAGCAUAUUGCCUGCAUUGUGAGUGGGAGGGGACUGGGAAAGGGUGAGGUCAAAAGAGGCAAGAAGGGGAAAGUUGGAAAGAAAUUAUUCGAAGGCAGAUGUCGGGAGGUUGUACCAGACACCAAGUACAAAGAGUGGUGAGCCAUCGUCAGGAAAUGAGCUAAUCAAGGUGUCAUGCUCAUUGAGGAACUCUCCAAGGGCACCUGGUGGGCGAUAGAUGGCAAUAAUGUUAAGCUUGAGUGGACAAGUGACAGUGAUAGCAUGGAAUUAAAAUGAGGAGAUCGACAGGUGAUUGAGGGAGAAAAGAGAAAAUCUCCAGUUAGGAGAAAUUAGUAGCCCUGUGCCACCCCCGCAAUAGCCAGAUGCUCUCUGACUAUGAGAGAAAACAUAGUCAGAUGAAUAGGGAGCAGCUGGAGUAGCAGUGUUCUCUGGGGUGAUUCAUGUCUCCGUCAGGGCCAAAAAGUCAAGGGACUGAAGGCCAGCAUAGGCUGAGAUGAACUUGGCGUUCUUGACCGCAGAUCGGCAGUUCCAAACGCUGCCGGAGACCAGGAAUUACACAUGGGUUGUCCAGGCAGGGUACACAAAAAUAGAAGGGUUGCAGCCAAGGGGUGGGGAGCGUCUGUAAAGCCUACAGGGAGAGGAGCCAACAGGUAUAGAAAACACAAACAUACAGUGAGCUCCAAAAGUAUUGGGACAGUGACAUUUUUUUAUUUUUUUACUCUGUACUCUAGCACUUUGGAUUUGAAAUGUUUAGUAUUUGGUCCCAUAUUCAUAGCACACAAUGAUUACAUCAACACACUUGUUGGAUGCAUUUGCUGUUUGUUUUGGUUGUGUUUCAGAUUAUUUUGUGCCCAAUAGAAGUUAAUGGUAAAUAAUGUAUUGUGUCAUUUUGUAGUCGCUUUAAUUGUAAAUAAGAAUAGAAUAUGUUUCUAAACACUUCUACGUUAAUGUGGAUGCUACCAUGCUUACGGGUAAUCCUGAAUGAAUUGUGAAUAGUGAUGAGUGAGAAACUAUCAUACCCCCAAGACAUGCUAACCUCUCACCAUUACAAUAACAGGGGAGGUUAGCAUUUUGGGGGGUUAUGAUAUUUCUGCCUCUAACUUUCUCACUCAUCAUUAUUCACUCAUCAUUCAGGAUUAUCGAUAUUCAGUUCACCUGACGGUUCACCCGAUAUGGAUGAAAAUAAAGCUGAUAGUCUGCACUUUAACCUCAUAGUCAUUGUAUCAUUUCAAAUCCAAAGUGCUGGAGUAAAGACCCAAAACAACAGAAAUGUGACACUGUCCCAAUACUUGUGGAGCUCGCUGCAGUUGCCAAAGCUACAAUAGAGUUAAAUGAGAUCAUCUGAAAAGAACAAGGUAAGAUAUUCAAGUGAGAGAGUGGUGUCUUUGUUUUGGCGAGGAGAGUUCCGCUGACAAAACAGGAGACUGAAGUACUAACACUAAUUGCUAAUUGCCUAGGAGAUGAGAAACCACUCCCCCUCCAAUAUAGCCACUGAUUACGAAAACAACAAUAGUCACAAAUUGCCUCUUAAUCCUGGUUGAUGUGUCAACAAUUAUCUGCAAUUUAUGAGCAGUCAGCAGUUCACACACUAAGUAGGCCACUGGGAAGACAGGCAGCAAAAAGUCAGUACUAGACAACAACAGAUGAAAACAAAAAUGAUACUUGGAGAUAUCAGGAGUUCUCUCUCAGGUUUUACGUGUGGGAGAUUCUGCACUCCACCAUCCCGUAAAAUGAGCAAACACAUCCAGAAGAUUCAGAAAGAGCUGGAGGAGGCCAAGGAUAAGCUGGAGAGGCAACAGCAUAAGAAGGUAAGCAGCAGGAGGGUGUCCUAGCAACCACUGCUGUAAGCAGAGCCUCUUAUAAAAUCUUUAAAGCAAAGAAUUAACCAACAAUAUUGCUCUGAAUAUUGUACUGAUUGUGCCAGUAGUUUUUUCUAAGGUUUGCUCAAAGCAGAAUGUUCCCUUCUUGAUUAGGUAUAGUAUUGUAUAAUAACAGCAAAGAACGUAAGGAUUCAGACACACAGUAAAUGACAUACUAUACUAGAACAUCACAUGUGACCUUAAAGAGCAAAGCUCCUCACAGUAAAAGAUACAUGAUACAGUUUGAAACUACAGACAGACUGAACACAGAGUUAGCACUUUAAAUAACAAACUCUUUCACACCAGCCAAGAGGAGAGUGGGAGGAGGAAAUAGGAAAAGGUAUAAGAACGAGUGGGUUUCCUCCUUAUUGUGUCACCCAAGAUAUAAACAGGAUAUACUGUGUGACUGUUUGACACCAGUCUGUAGAUCGUAUCCUUGACAACCAAUAGGUUAGAUCUGGGCAGGACAUUUGCCCAAUACCAAAAUUAACCAAAAACAGCACAGUUGAGCUUGCCGCAAACUCGCUGAAUAUCCUUUUUUAUUAGGACUGCUGUGUAGUAAAUUACAUGGAAACGGCUCCCAUGGGUCCAAUCGUCUCCCGCUGAUUACAAUAUCAGGGAGUGAGGCGGGGAUAUAAUGUGCCAAAUUGUUGUCCAGAAUGUCUUCUUUGUUGCACAAACCUUUGGGUAAUUUGUAACUUUAGGAACUGAGCCCAAAGGGAGACAGUAAAGUAUCUUAUACCCCUGUGAUCUGUUGUUAGUAUACCUAAAGAAAUGUAUGCCAAAGAGACAUUAAUGACUCUCACAGUGAAGUUUUAUCUAGUUGAUUUAUUCCCCCGCUUUGAGAACACAAAGCAGUGUCAAUGCAGACAAAAAACGUGUGAAUAAUGUGCUCAUUUUAAUGAACUUAAAACGAAUCACGCUUCGGGUUCUUGUAUUGCCGUUGCUGGUCAUCUGAUUAGAUGGAGAGAUUAUACCUCAGUCUUUCAGAUCAUCAAUAUUAAUGCGUUGUUCAAGAUCUGAAGGGAAAGCUACUGACUGCUAUAAAGCACAACCUUCAAGCUACAUUCAAGGUUGAUAUCUGUGGGUAUCCAAAGUGCAUCAACAUGCUGCUGCUUUGCCUGUAGCUGGGUUAGCUGUGUUAGCUGGGUUAGCUUCUGUCCACUGUACAUUCACAGAACCCAUUUGUUUUCCAUUCAGCAUCCCAUCGUGGGAACACCUCGUCGUGUGUCUGUGUUAAUGUGAAACCAAUGGAGUGUGUCUGCACAUUGUUUCGAGCCACAGAGGUCAGACUCAUUAGCUAGUGUGAGAAGAGAUAAUGAGAGGUAUGUGCUCGGCGGUUUACCACCAUGUAUAACAUUCUCCCUGGUGUAUACCGAUACCCAGGAAUGGUAUAUGUAUUGUAUCCAGCUGCUCUCUAACCUAAAGCAACCAGUCUCUAAAGGUUACAUCGAGGCCAGGGCUCGAUUGAAAUCCUAGGUUUUUUCAGACUACCGUGUGACUCUAAUACCCGUAAUUCCCUUUACCUGUGGGGCCUAAUUAGUGGCUGGCGAGGAUAAGGGAAAGACAGACAAGCGGCAACCCUGGAUGUCUUUACUACACACCACCCGAGAGCCAGACCGAUAAGAUCAUCACCCAGAGUCCGUGCUCAAUACAGAAAAUGGGGCUGUGA